AUGAGGCUGCUUGACUCUAACAGCGAUAUCGAUAUGAAGGAAGCAGUAGCUUUGGUAACCGGUGCUGCGUCAGGUUUGGGUAAAGCGACUGUCCAGCAUUUACUCAAGCAUGGUUUCAAAGUUGCCAUGUUGGAUCUACCAUCGUCAAAUGGUGCUUUCCUCUCGAAAUUGAUAAAUCGAAAUUGUUUAUACAUACCAGCCAAUAUAACGGUUGAUGAGGAAAUAAAAAAUGGUGUAUCGAAAAUAAAGGAUAAAUUUGGACAUUUGAACGCUGUGAUCAAUUGUGCUGGGAUCUCUUUCAAUUGUAAAACGUUCAGCUUCAAUAAAGAAAAUAUGAAUCACAAAUCAUCAGUAAAGUUGGAUUUGAAGAAAGUGUUAGCCGUGAACGUUGUCGGUACGCUCAAUGUUAUUCGACACGCACUCGAUUUAGUGACACAAAAUGAAAAAGAUGAAUCAGAAUGUCGAGGCGUUGUCAUCAAUACUUCAUCGUUCUCAUCGUUUGAACCACAGUUUGGGCAAGGAUUUGAUGCGAUGUCUUCUGGAGCUGUAAAUAGUGCUACAAUAUCAUUAGCAAAAGACUAUGCUUCCGAUGGUAUUCGAUUUGUGACUAUUGCCCCAGGCAUCUUCCGGACGCCUUUGGUGAUCUCCCAUAUGAAUGAACUGAAUGUAGAAAUAUAUGAAAAAAUGGUACAACUUCCUGCACGAUUAGGCAUACCAGAAGAAUUUGCCGCUCUUGUCUUGCACAUUAUUCAUAAUACUUACUUAAAUGGCGUGAUUAUUCGUCUAGAUGGUGCUCUUAGGAUGCCGCCUUGA